AUGUGUUUCCAUGGGUUUGCCUUCGUCUUGGAUAAAGGCCGAUCCCGGAUUUACGAUAACGGGCUAGAUGUCCUUGGCGACCGCAUCGGAGGCCACGUCGUGAUAGACGUCGAAUCUUCUCUGUGUGGAGAUCGGAAUGUUCUUCCUGGCCUCGGUGAUCACGUCUGGCUUGAGCUCGCAGUAGACGAUAUCCUCGUCGUGGCCAGCCUCCACCAAAACGUCUCCGUUUGGAUCCACCACCAUCGAGUGGCCGUACGCCUGGUACCCACCACCAGCCACGUUUCUGGCUGGAGAGCACAUCACGACAUACACCUGGUUGUCGAUAGCCCUGGCAACCGCAAACUUGGUCCAGAACUUUGGUCCGGUCACGGUGUUGAACGCUCCUGGAUAGAACAUGAUUCCUGCGCCCUGUCUGGCAGCCACCAUGGCAAGUUCUGGGAACCGGAUAUCGUAGCAGAUUCCCAGACCCACUUUACAGAAGUCUUCGAGCUGGAACACUGUGGCUUUAUCUCCUGGAGCCAGCGAUAUGGACUCUUUGAAAGUCAUCUUGCCCGGAAUGUCGAUGUCGAACAAGUGCACCUUUCUGUGCUUCGCAAUGAUCUUUCCCGUCUUGUCGAAAGUGAGCGAAGUAUUGUAUAUUUUAUUAUCGGAGCCCAGUUCAGGGAAUGA